GCGAAGCAGUUAUCAACACUAUCUCGAAUUCUUUUCUAUAUUCCUGAACAGAAUGCGGAAAAUGAUAUCAUACAUUGAUUAAAUUCAUAUAAGAACAUUCUGUCCAUAAUUUAACUCAAUGUUCCUUGGCUGCAGAAUGUAACUUAUCAAAAGGCACAAUUGCGACGCCUAAGCUCCCCCACCAAACCUGCCAUUGCGAUAGACCCCCAGCUCGAAAGCAUAUCAAUCAUACUACAUAAACAAUAUGUAUCAAAACAGACAGCCAGCGUAUGCGCCUACACCUCAUAGUUAUAUACCAAAUACCGCAUUAUCUGCAACCAUAAAUUUGGAUGAGGUAAGACUUUGUCUUCCUACAAAAAUGCCCCGGCUCAUUCCAGACUCCAGGAAGUGAAACUCGCGGAGUCUAGAGCAGAGCGCGACCUUCAAGACUCGCUCGCGGAAGUAUUUAGUAUCAUAAUCACUUUAGACCAACUCGAAAGAGCUUAUCUGAAGGAUGCGAUACCCGAAUCCGACUAUACUGAGACUUGCGAUCGAUUAUUGAAGCAAUACAAAGCUAUAUUAGCAGAUGAAAGUGUAGCUAGAGAAUUUGUGGAUUUGGAAACCUUCAAGAAUGAAUGGGAUGUGCGUAUCUCCUGUAAUUUUAAUUGUAGCUCUUCAAUAACUAACUAUGAUUCUUUACAGAUAGAUGUCCCUAGAGCCACGGAAAGGAUCCGGAUAGGUUUACCUAGCACCGUUACUGCACCGCCAAUUAAUUUGUCUACGUCCAACAACAACGGGACCAGCGGGACUUUAAUUCUCGAAGCGACUCAAGAUUUCAUAACGUUUUUGGAUGCGCUUAAGUUAGGAUUGUUAGCAAAGGAUCAACUACAUCCGCUAUUGUCAGAUGUCAUACAAAGUGUAAAUAAGGUUACGGACAGGGACUUUGAGGGGAGGGGGAAGAUUGUUCAGUGGCUUAUUGCCUUGAAUCAGAUGAAGGCAACCGAGGAGGUUAGUGAGGACAAAGCCAGGGAGCUGGAGUUGGACAUGAACUCGGCAUAUCAAGGAUUUAAGGCGACCUUAGCUUAACUUGAAAUGUCUAUAAACAUUAGGGUAAUUGGCUUGGACGCUGAUUGCCAAUCGAUAUUUAUUCUGCGCACAUGAGUGAUCUUGGACACGGGUUCUGGCUACCAUUAU